UCUCAACACUGGUGUAUCGUCUAGUCAAGUCUGUUCAUCAUGAAGGCCGUCAUCGCUGCGUUGUCCCUGCUAGUAGCUUCUGCGUUGGCUCAGGUGCCUUUCGGAACUGGAUCCUUCGGAGUCGGCACUGUCGGUGUUGCUGGUAAAGGCUAUGGUUACAACCCAUACAACAGGAACCAUGGUUACAACAGCUAUGGCUACGGUAAAGGCGUUGGGAAAGUCGGUGUUGCCGGUCCCUUCGUUGCUGGACAUGGAGUUGGUCUUGUUGGACACGGACCUUUCGUUGGUCAUGCUGGUUCAUUCGCAGGACACGGACCCUUUGUUGCUAGAAAGGGACAUGGUUAUGGCUACAACACCUACAAUGGAGUUGGGAAUGGAGUUGGCCUUGUAGGAAAUGGACUCCUUGGACUCGCCGGACACGGACUCGCAGGACCCCUCGCAGUCGGUGGCCACGGUGUUGCUGGUCAGGGACAUGGCUACGGUUACAACCCCUACAACAAUAACUACGGCUACGGUAAGAACGUCGGACAUGGAGCUGGUCUUGUAGGAAAUGGAUUUACUGGACAUGGACCUUUCGUCGGACACGGAGUAGCCGGACACGGCAUUUAUGGACAUGGUGGACCUUUCGUUGGUCAUGGAGUUGCUGGGUCGUUCGUUGGCAAAGCCACUCCCUAUUACUACCACUAGAAGCGUAUGCUUGGCAUGCCUGAUGUAUGAAUGUUUUUGUACUUUAUUGAUAUGUUUUUGUAUCAAUUAACGAAUGGGCAAUAAAUUUGACGUUACAUUGUA